CGGGUGGUUGUUAUGGUGGUGGUGAUCUUGGCGGCGGUGGCAAUGGUGGCGGGGAUGGUCAAAGAUGAACUUAUUUGAUAAGGUUAGGGUUUGUAGUGAUUUUGGGCUUGGUUUCAGUUUUAUUUUUUUAUUUUUUUAUUUUUAUUUAUUUUAAUGAUGUUGGGCCUGGGCCACUUUGAUUUUUUGUUAUGGAGCCUUUUGUAAUAUUCCGCGAGUAAUGGAACUUACCUUGACCCAAGUACGACGAUUGCGCGGGUGGGUAUAUGCAUCCGUAAAUAGACAAAGGGGAAAGGAAAGAAGAGGAAGAGGAAGAAAACAGAGGACAUGGGCAAGGAACCAGACAAGGAAGAUGAGAGAAAGGAAGCAGCAAUAGCAUCAACGCCAUGUUUACAGCCCAAUUACAAGCCCAGACGCAUCACCCAAGACCAGCUCUCCAAGUUGCAGGAACUGCACAGGAGACGUUUACAGAUAAAAUCAACAUCAAAGAUUGAAAAGAAACCAAAAGGUGGUACUGGUAAGUCUCACAGCAAAGGCCUGAAUGCCAAACACUCAGCAAAUCAAGAUUCAAUUGUACCAAUUGAAAAUUCAACUAACUUUAACUUUGAGAGCCACCAGAAAGAAAGCAGUUCCUUUGUACAGCAAGAGGGCAUGGCAACCUAUCAUGCACCACAGAAGCGCCAGAAGUUGCAUUGGGGGCUGGACACAAAGGAAAGGUGGGAAAGGAAAGCAAACAUGUAAAUAUUGCCAUGAAGAUGAAAUAUGGUUCCCCUGAGUGCUGGUUUCCAAAAGGUUCUAAAAUUUGUCUCUUGAUUUCAGAAGAUUUGGCUGCAAGGUGAUUGCUUAACCUAGGCGAUUAGUUUUUUUAUUGGUAGAGAGCAUCUACCUUGCACAUGUUAGUUAUAAUGUUGAGGUAAAUGUUCAACUUUUCUAUCAAACACUUCAUUCCUGUAUUUCUUGUGUACUAUAUUAGGUAGAGACCAUGAAAUGACCAAACGGAAAUUUUAUAAAGAAAAAAAAAACUGACGACUAUUUUAUUUUGUGAUUUCUAA